AUGAUUCUCCAAAACCAACUUAAUUUUGAACCCGUUUUUGGAGCAAAAACCAAGCCAUUGAUGGUUUUUGAAGAAUUAGAUGGAAUUGGAACAAUUAGCGACAGUGUUCUGAAGGCGAUCACUGGAAAUGCUAGCCGUCCAGUUGUCAUCAUUGUGAACGAUGGUUACGCUCAAAGUCUUAAGAAUAUUCGCUCAAUUGCAACUUUCAUCAAAUUACCACCUCCAAAUUCUACGCAAUUCAAAGAACGAAUAAGAUAUAUUUGCAAGAAUGAAGAAAUCGAUAUUUCUACGCAAGCAAUUAACGAAGUUGCCGAGAUUUCGAAAUACGAUAUUCGCACUGCCUUAAAUACCAUUAGUUUCUUAAGAGCAAGGCAGCCGAUAUCAGCAGAUACAGUUCAUCUCCUUCCUGUUGGCCUGAAGAACUCUUCUCUCACUCCUUUCGACGUUUGGACAACUUUAUUUACUGCGAGCAAGUCGUUUAAGGAUUGUGCGAACGAAGUUGAGAUCUUUGGCAACACAAGACUUAUUUCUACCGGUAUUCUCGAGAAUCUUGAGAAUAUAAGAAACGCAGAUCCGACAAGAAAAAGAUUAGUCGAAAUGUUCGAUAAUCUUUGUUACGCUGAUGUUCUAGGAGACUCAGAAGCAUCAGAUAUGGCCAUUGCAAGCUGUUCCAAGCUUUGUGGUGUUCAAAAUGUUGGAAGAAACAUCGCAUUUCCAACUUCUUCACUCGGAUUCGAAGGAUCUAUGAGGUCAACUGCCAAUUCAUCGAUGCUGAAGAACCCUGUGUUCAGAACUGGCAUUGAUGUAUAUCGUAGAAUCCUUUGUUUGCCACAAGAACAAAUUAAUUAUGUCAUCAAUAGGCAAGGAGAGUCAUUAAGGAAAAGAAUCACUGCUAUGCAUCAAUGCAUUAAGAUUUCUUAUAAGAAGAAUGCAUUUGGACACUAUACUUCCGUUCCUGAUGUUGAUAAUAUUAUUGGUUUGAAUAAUUUCUCAAUAAAUAACUUAACAAAGUACAGAGAAUGUAUUCAAACUGAGAUUGAAUCACAGGGAUCACUUCUAAAAGAACUUUCCAUUACAGGAACUCGUAUUCAGGAUAAACUUGGCAAAUCACAGAGAAGAGAUCCAAUCAGAAACUUCUGGGGUGAAGAAAUGGACUUAACCCAAACUCAGGAAACCCAAAGAAACACAGGUGGCCUCAAAUUUACUUAUAAUGAAGGUUUCACCAACGCUGUAAGAAGAAAAGUCUUGGUUCAGAGAAUUUUAAUGGUCUAA